CCGUUUUAGGCUACUGUAGAAACAUGCCGGCGCAACAUGGCAGACUUGGUGGAGGAGGACCUGCUCCCUCUGUAGAUAUAAAGACUCAUCCUAAGGUAACAAAGCUUGCCAAGAAGCUCAGGCUGCGGACAGACAUGCAGUACUGACACACCUACAGACAGAGAGACCUGACGGACAGAGUCCAGCUGGCGAGCCAUGGCAGCAGCAAGCGGAACAGAUGUGCGAGGGACUUUGAUCUAGGGUGCCCGCAGCUAUUUUGGAGACUGGACGUCCUCUCGUAUUGGAUGCAGCUCUGCAGCUCCACAUACUGCAGGUGUUGUUCAAGAGGCGGCCAGCUUGACUGAUUAUUGGCCCUUCCCUUUCCUACCCUACACGCCCCGUACCAGCUCACCCCACACCUGGCUGGUGCUCCAGCCCCAUUCAGGUCAUCUCUGCAUCGAGGCUGGCAAUGUCCAGAGUCCCAAGCCCCCCCCCCCCGGCGGAAAUGUCCAGCGGUCCCGUGGCUGAGAGCUGGUGUUAUACUCAGAUCAAAGUGGUGAAGUUCUCCUACAUGUGGACCAUCAACAACUUCAGCUUCUGUCGCGAGGAGAUGGGGGAGGUCAUCAAAAGCUCCACUUUCUCCUCGGGAGCCAACGACAAACUCAAAUGGUGUUUGCGUGUGAACCCUAAAGGUCUGGAUGAGGAGAGUAAAGACUACCUGUCACUUUACCUGCUCUUAGUCAGCUGCCCAAAAAGUGAGGUGCGCGCCAAGUUUAAGUUUUCUAUCCUCAGUGCCAAGGGAGAAGAGACCAAAGCCAUGGAGAGCCAGAGAGCGUACCGCUUUGUCCAGGGGAAGGACUGGGGUUUCAAAAAGUUCAUAAGGAGGGACUUCCUGCUGGACGAGGCCAACGGUUUGCUGCCCGACGACAAAUUAACACUUUUCUGUGAGGUAAGCGUGGUGCAGGACUCCGUGAACGUCUCAGGCCAGAACACAAUGAACAUGGUGAAGGUUCCUGACUGCAGGCUGGCUGAGGAGCUCGGAGAUCUGUGGGAAAACUCUAGAUUCAUAGACUGCUCCCUGUGUGUCGCUGGCCAGAAAUUCCAGGCGCACAAAGCCAUCCUAGCAGCUCGCUCGCCGGUGUUCGGUGCCAUGUUCGAGCACGAGAUGGAAGAGAGCAAGAAGAACCGUGUGGAGAUAAAUGACGUGGAGCCAGAUGUCUUCAAAGAGAUGAUGUGCUUCAUCUACACAGGCAAGGCCCCCAACCUGGACAAGAUGGCUGAUGACCUGCUGGCUGCAGCUGACAAGUAUGCGCUGGAAAGGCUGAAGGUGAUGUGCGAGGACGCUCUGUGCACGAGUCUGAGUGUGGAGAACGCUGCAGAGAUCCUCAUCCUCGCCGACCUGCACAGCGCCGACCAGCUCAAGACGCAGGCCGUGGACUUCAUCAACUAUCACGCAGCUGAUGUGAUGGAGACAUCGGCCUGGAAGUCCAUGGUGAUCUCUCACCCGCACCUGGUAGCGGAGGCCUACCACUCCCUGGCCUCGGCUCAGUGCCCCUUCCUGGGCCCCCCGAGAAAAAGGCUCAAACAGUCGUAGUGGUCCGGAGGGACUCCGCUGUCCGAACCCUGCUGUGUCCUCCUGUACCGGCACCCUCACCGCUCCUCACUCCCAGUCCUCCUCUCUCUCCUGCAGCAUCCAGAGACGCCCAAGACCGAAGCCCAGGCUAGAUGAGGCUCAGCUCAGCCCUGCAGACCAAAGAAAUACAGGACUGAUGCCACAGAGGAGCGACUAUGGGCCGAGUUCUAUAAGAUCUAAACCUGGAUAUUUAUGGAUUGCAAGCUUAAAGCCUCGCAUGUUCCAUAUAUCCGACGCUGGAAAGCUAGAAGCACAGAGUCACGUAAAGAAGUGAUCCGACUCAGACGGAAAAGUCACUCCUGACUCCCUGUAAAUAUAAUUUGGUGGCAUAUUGUCUUUUGCCGUGUUAAAGCCCGAACUGUGCUUGCAGAAAGACAAGUGAAGAGGAUCAGCCAACCAGAAAGUGACAGACUAUUGUCCCCGUUGUUAAACAGUGUUCGAACAGAGUCGUGUUUUUCCAGAACACAAACAGUUCUCGGUUUGAGUUAAAGAAGACGAAUCUGAACACGUUUUAAUGCUCGCCGUUCAGCCGUGUGCCUUCGCCCGGGCAAACACUGCGCGGGUUAGGUCAGAUCGCUCAUUCUAGAAUCAGGCAGCAUUUCUGCCGGUCGGUUGUGAUGCGACGAGCGGCUUCAGGGUGUUAAUUACCUGAACGUCCGACAAUCUGACUGUCAGACGGUCGUUUGGAUGUCUGUCAGAAAUUGUGGUCGGCCGUCUGCAGUUUGAGCAGAUCCACAGUCAGAUUUCCCACAUGGCUGCUGUCGAAAUAUCUGUUAUGAGCUUCAGUAUUACUGGAGAAGGAUUUUACAAGUCGUGGCUAAAACUGUAGUCUUACCUGAUAUCCUGCUAUACUGCUGUACUACACCGUGAUAUGAAAGUGAGCUUUGCUGCAGAACAGACAGACCAUAUUGUCUGCAGCUCCUUGCUUUCCUUUUUUUCUUCUUGCCAUCCACUCAUAGUAGAAUUGCACAAACGCGUCGCCGGCUGUUUGUCUUUUUGUCAACAUUGUUGAGGACGCAUUCGUCCUGUUUGAAUCAGCCUCAUCGGAAUUGUCAGCGGACCGAAUCCGGCUCCGUCCUUACAUUCAGUUGAUCAGGCCGUGCAGAACGGCGGAUCAAAUCCAGCAGAGUGACUUAACACAACGUAGAAGAUGAAUUAAAACGUACAGUGUGUGCCCGGCUUUAAAAAGUGAAGAUCAGCGUGACUCAGCUGUUACCUCAGUA